GUGUGCUUCGGAGAGAAACGGUUAUGGAAGUGGCAGAGAAGACAGCACCACAAGCUCCUUUCAGUCUCGGAGCCACACUUACGCACUCUUAAAGCAGCAGAUGGAGGUAGCUGCUAAAUCUGAGGAUUACAAAGAAGCCGCUAGGAUUCGAGACUCACUCAAGCUGUUUGAGGAGGAGGAGCCUGUUUUGCGUUUAAGGAGAUUGCUCAAGGAAGCCAUUGCUGAUGAGAGAUUCAAGGAUGCAGCCAAAUACCGUGAUGAACUAAAAAGCAUUGCCCCACAUUCAUUUUUAAAAUGUUCAAGUGAUGCUACAACAUUGGGAAUCAGGGUUCAAGUUAGGAGUAUAUAUAUAGAGGGAAGAAGUCAACCUUCGAAGGGGCUAUACUUCUUUGCAUAUAGAAUAAGAAUCUCCAAUAACUCAGACCAACCUGUUCAACUUCUUAGAAGGCAUUGGAUUAUAACAGAUGGUAAUGGGAAAAUGGAAAAUGUCUGGGGGAGUGGUGUUGUAGGUGAACAGCCAACAAUACUUCCCGGGACUAGUUUUGAAUACUCUUCAGCAUGCCCAUUGAACACACCAAAUGGUAGAAUGGAAGGUGACUUUGAGAUGAUACACAUUGAUAAAGUAGGCUCAAGAUCGUUUAACGUGGCCAUUGCCCCUUUUUCUCUGUCACUCCUUGGAGAUGAUGAAGGCAAUUCUGUUUGAGACAGAAUUGCAAUACCACUUUCUGAGGUUUUUGUGUCGAAUUAGCGCCGAAAUGUGAUCAAGGAUUAAAAGCAGUCAAAAUUCAUAUUUGCAUUAUUAUUUAAGAGUAAAUUUUUGCCACUGUUGCGAAACUGACGAUCAACAAAUAUUUUUCCAUGCAUAUGUACAUAAUGAUGUGAAGAAUUUGGGGAUUUAUACUAUAGAUAGUUCAAAGUUCCAACUCUGCUAUUUCCAAUCACUAUUUCAUUUUAUCUCAA